GUUAUCUUCUUGAUACGCUGAUUGACCUACCAACAGUAUCAAGAAGGGAAGCAUUCGUGAGGUGAUUGAGUUAUACUUUUCUCGACCUUUUCUCCUGGAGAACCGCAUCCUCCUCGCUUCGUCUAGACAUUCCACCAAUAACUAACAGUUUAUGCGUUAUCGUGUCCUCCAAACAACAUCUAAACCUUGCGUGCGAAAUUUGCUUUAUCCAAGAGUUAAUAUCUUUUCGGUAGCUGUGUUGAGUCCGUUUCGCUUAAUGAGCUCCGCAAAUUCGGGAGAGGCGGGCAGCACCAACUGUGCACAGCCCGAUGAAAAAGAUGGUUCCAAAGAUAUUGGUGACGUGGCCUGGCGGGCAAAGCUCACCGCCUCACAGUACCGCGUGCUGCGGCGAAAGGCUACAGAUCCUAGGGGUGGUCACUAUGAUAAUUUUUUCGGGGAUGGCAUGUAUGUGUGUGCGGGUUGUGGCACUCCGCUCUACGCGUCAGCUAUGAAGUUUGCCUGCGGCUGCGGCUGGCCCGGUUUUUGGGACUGCUUGCCCAAAGCAGUCCGUGAGGAGCCUGACGCGGAUGGAAUGCGGACGGAGAUUCUAUGUAAUGCCUGCAAUGGCCACCUAGGUCAUGUUUUUCGCGGCGAGGGGUUCAAGAACCCCCCGCCAAAUGAGCGGCAUUGCGUGAACAGUUCGUCUAUCAUGUUCAUCCCGAAGAAUUCGGCGUGA